AUGUUUCAUAGAACCGACCCCACACGUAUUACUUGUAUGCCGGUAGACAAAACAUCGGUGGAGAAGUUACCAUUGGCUGGGAUUAGGGUUCUUGAUAUGACGAGGGUACUCGCUGGGCCUUAUUGCACACAAAUUCUUGGGGAUUUGGGAGCUGAAAUUAUCAAGGUGGAGCACCCAACAAGAGGCGACGACACACGAAGCUGGGGCCCGCCUGAUGCCCCGUACACAGACGGCGUAAAUCGCAACAAGAAGUCCAUCGGCCUAUCUUUCAACAACCCCACCGGUGUGUCGAUACUACAUAAACUAGUCCAAAAGUGUGACGUCCUGGUUGAAAACUACCUCCCCGGAUCUCUCGCGAAAUAUCAGCUCGACUAUCAGACAUUGUCAAAGAUCAAUCCCUCUCUCAUUUACGCAUCUAUAACGGGAUAUGGACAAACUGGACCAUUCUCAGACCGCGCGGGAUACGACGUUAUGGUAGAGGCGGAGAUGGGCCUGAUGCACAUUACUGGCGAACGAGACGGACCACCAGUGAAAGUCGGAGUUGCAGUGACGGAUUUGUCCACGGGAAUGUUUACGGCAAUAGGCGUACUCGCGGCUUUGUACGCAAGGAAAGAGACCGGAUUGGGGCAGUGGAUUGAUGCAAGUCUGAGCGAUUGCCAAGUCGCAAAUCUAGCCAACAUUGCGAGCAGUGGGUUGAUCAGUGGGAAGAAGGAUAGCGGAAGAUGGGGCACUGCGCAUGCAUCUGUUGUCCCAUAUCGAGCUUACCAGACGAAAGACACCAAUAUUGCCGUAGGCGGUUGCAACGACAAAUUGUAUGGCAUUCUGUGUGACAAAAUUGGAAGACCAGAAUGGAGAACAGAUGUCCGAUUCAUUACGAACGCGCUACGCGUCGAAAACAGGGACACUCUUGAUCGUAUAAUAGAGGAUGAGUUGAAGACGAAAACGACACAGGAAUGGCUCGAAAUUUUCGAGGGAAGCGGGAUACCUUAUGCUGCAGUGAACGAUAUUCAAGGUACCCUUAAUCACGAACACGUCCUUGCUCGUAAUAUGAUCGAAGAGGUUGUCCAUCCAGCUUGUGGGCCAAUCAAGCUGGUCAAUCAUCCUGUCAAGUAUUCAAGAGCAAAACCAAGUAUACGAAGUCCCCCACCUCUACUAGGAGAACACACUGAAGAGGUGCUAAAAGAACUGCUGGACUGCACUGAAGUACAAAUAGAGGACUUGAAGAAAGAUAGAAUUGUUUCAUAGAAAGCCCGAUUGUUACACAUACACACACAGACACACACAGCAUGUAGAGCAUAGCAUAAUGAAGCUAGGGUAAGGCUGAGUGUCAUAUCAACCCCGAUUGUACAAUUCCUGUCCAAGACAUGUUUGUCUCAUAGAAG